CAAUUGCGCUCAAGUCUGCUCAGCGCCUUCCACGAGGUCUAACUGUAGAAUGGAUGGAUGGGAUGCGAGCACAAUUUUCAAAUGUUUGGCUAAGAGAUAAUAGCCUACACAUGCGACCAUCGUUGGUCCACCUUGACUUGAAUCCUUGUCCACAGAAAGUUGAUCUAUCCGGAACUUCCGUCUCCGUAGAGUGGCCGCCUUUUUUACGCGCCGAAUUUCCAAGUGACUUCCUCCGAUCACACAGCACCGUUCAACCGGGCACCAAUCUCUGUAAAAAUCCCAACAAAAUGAUUUUGACGAAACCAUGGCGAAUUCAGCAGAAGCCAUGUACAGUUGACAUGCGCCAUAUUGGUGCAAUGAUUUGGAAGGAACCACUUGUAAUCAACGGUACUGUGUGGCCACAUCUUGAAAAGAUUCCCUCGGUGGUUACGGUAGAAACGCGACACAAUGGAGCUCGCAUAAGUCUUGUCGAUGCGGUCGCGGCACUGAAGCGAUUAGCUGAAGAACAACCACAGUAUUUCCGAUUUAUGAUCGAAAAUCCUAUCGAAUAUCAGCACGCAUUCUUCAAAGCUUCUCAUAAACUGGCAAACAUCGAUGGAAAUGUGAUCGUUUCGGGUGUGUUCAAUAACGAUUAUCGAUCUAGCCAAAUGACGACAGAGAAUCUGGACUUGUUCUACCGUAGCUUGAAGUCUUUCUACAAGAUCUGUUGCGAAGAACAACAAGAAGUCUAUAUAAAUUCGGACGAGUUAUUGGUUGUGGACAACUCCCAAAUGCUCAUUGGAGCCCCUGCACAAUGGGGUCGCGAAAUGAAAGUUCGCAUUUUUGCGUAAAUUACGGAGGCCUUUUUGCUUUAUUGCUUAUCGUCGUAGCUGGACAUUAAACGGCCUCAUCUGCGCUCAAACCUUGACGCUAUCCGACUUGCACCUUUCAAAGUCGAGCAAGCAUCAUCUGUAAUUAAUAGUUUGAUUGAGUUGUUUCCAUAUGUUCUAUCUUGCACCACGACUCUAUAAUUGUUUUCACUCAAUGCUCACAGAACUGGUCCUAUGUUAUCUGAUACAUCAGCGAGUUGUUUUACUCAGGAAUCCUUUUUUCUCACCGUCAACGUGUAAAUACUUCUCUAGUGUGAUCUGCAAGAACUGUAAAUAGCAGUAGCACAUCAUCCAUUGCUAAUAUGUUCCUGCCAUUCU